AUGACCUCCAAAAUUGAUAAAACUAUUGCUCGCCAGCAAGAAAAGAUCGCGGCAGGUGCCUACUACGAAGCCCACCAACAACUCCGUGUUAUCGCUGCUCGCUAUAUCAAAGCUUCUAACUGGGAUGCCGCUGCAGAGAUCUUAGCUGGCGGUUCAACUGCUCUGCUGAGAGCUGGAGCUCAGCAGGGUGCCUCGGCCAGUGGUGGAGACUUGGCAAUCAUGCUGGUGGUGGAGGUAUACAACAAGGCGGAGUGGGAGAUCUCAGGACGUGGUGAUGAUGCGGAGAGCUGGGCUCGAAAGAAGCGCCUUAUCGAGCUUCUGCGCGAGUUCCCGUCGGAAGAGCCUACACGAAAGCGGUUUAUUCAGGAGAUUAUUGGAUGGAGUGGGCGUCAUGGGCCACUGGAGCGUGGGGACCCGGAUCUGCACCAUGCGGCGGGCUCAGUCUACGCAGAAGAUAACGAGCCGUACGAGGCCGAGAGACAUCUGAUCCUAGGAACAUCGGAAUCGGCGGAAACUCUGGCAAAGCUUGAAUAUGAGUGGUACACUCAUGACGAACCGCACACCGCAGCCUUGUAUGCGUCGCGCGCCGUCUUCCCAUACCUCACGACAGGCAACCUCCGCAGUGCCAACAAGGCCUUGCUCAUCUUCACCUCUCGGUUGUCAACAUUGAACCCGUCUCUUGGUGUCCAAGAUGUGAGCAGCGCCAGCUCCGACAUUCGGGUGUAUCCUGCCCUUCCAUUACUCAACUUCCUGAGCAUGCUGCUUCUGACCAUUCAGCGGGGAAGUGCGGAUCUAUACCGUCAGCUUACCGCACACUAUGCGGCACAGAUUCGGGAGGUCGGGAUUUGGGAUGACACUCUGGCUCAGAUUGGCGAGCAGUACUUUGCGAUCAAGAUCCCAAGACAGGGAAACCCCCUGCUUGACAUGAUGAGUGGUAUGCUGUUUGGUGGUCAAGGUAACGCGGGCCCAUCUCGGCCCGCUGCGAAGAAGGUUGAGGCGCCGCCGUCGAAUAUGGAGCUUGACUAG